GAAAUUUCAAGCAUUCAGUGGAAUAAUAUUAAGCUACCUUGAAAGAUAGAACAAUAAGAAAAAAAAAUUCUAAACAAGAUCGUAAUGCUUAGACAUAUUCAAUACGAGUGAUGGAUAAUAAACAACAUAUGAUCUUUUAAUACAUGAUUUUAUCAAAAUGUUCACACGUGCACUUUUAACCGCACUUCUUCAAGAAACAAUUGCACGUAUUGUUCGUAUGCGAGCGAAAUACAACCGUUCUAUGUCUUGUUUUGAAGGAUAGUUACGAUAAUUGUAUAUUUACAUUUAAAACAUAUGACUUUUUGCAGUAGAGUGUACAUUAGCAGCACGUGUUUUUGCUAAACUGACUAAACAAAUAAUUAUCAUUAAGCUCCAAAACAGAAAAAAUGCGACAUAAUAAUCAAUUACCUGAUAAUUUGCCACAAUUACAAAACCUAAUUAAACGUGACCCGGAAUCAUACAAAGAUGAAUUUCAACAGCAAUAUCGUCAUUUUCUCAAUAGCUUGGAAGUAUUUGCUUUAAAACCAAAUGAAGAAAAUAAAAAAAUUGAUGAAUUAGUGAUGUUCAUAGCGCAAGUAGCUCAAUGUUAUCCUGCUGAAUGCUUGCAAUUUCCUCAGCACUUGGUGGAUUUGUUGAAAAAUCAUGCUACCACAUUAGAUCCUACUAUGCGCAAUUGUUUUGUUAAGGCUUUGAUAUUAAUGCGUAACAAAAGCCUCAUUCCUGCCUUGGAAUUGUUGGAAAUAUGUUUUCAGUUAAUGCGUUGUCCAGACAAACAUUUGAGGACAUUUCUUCAAAACCACAUAAUAGCCGAUAUCAAGAAUAUGAAUUCUAAGCACAAAGAUAUGAAGCUAAAUUCCACGUUGCAAAAUUUUAUGUAUUCAAUGUUAAAAGAUGCUAACCCAAAAGCUGCUAAAAUGUCUUUAGAUGUUAUGGUUGAACUAUAUAGAAAAGAUAUAUGGAAUGAUGCCCGGACUGUGAAUUUUAUUGCAAAUGAGGGCUGUUUUUCAAAGAUGACAAAGGUUAUGGUGGCUUCCUUGAAAUUCUUUUUGGGUUGUGAUGAGGAAAGUGUCGGUUCUAAUGAUUCCGAUAGUGAGGAUAAUAUAGAUUUAAAAAGCGCUCUAAUACAAAGUCGUGUAAAUAAAAAAACCAAAAAGCGUAAGAAGCAAUUGGAACAAUUGAAGAGACAAGCUGUAAAAGCUCAGAAAAAGAAAGGACGGGCUCCUUCUUUCAACUUUUCUGCGAUCCAUUUAAUACACAAUCCUCAAGGCUUCGCCGAAGAGCUCUUUAAACAAUUACAAAGUGGCAAUGAACGUUUUGAAGUAAAACUUAUGCACCUGGAUGUAAUAUCUCGUUUAAUUGGUAUUCACCAACUAUUUUUGUUUUCUUUUUAUUCAUAUAUUACAAGAUUUAUGCAACCACAUCAGCGACAAGUAACUAGAAUUUUACAGUUCGCGGCUCAGGCAUCUCAUGAGCUAGUGCCUGGGGAUGUGAUAGAACCCAUUUUAAAAACAAUAGCAAAUAAUUUCAUAACCGAACGUAACUCUUCAGAUGCCAUGGCUAUUGGUUUGAACGCUACCCGCGAAAUUUGUCAAAGAUGUCCUUUGGCUAUGGGCGAAGAUUUAUUGAGAGAUUUAGCUAUGUAUAAAAGCUAUAAGGAUAAGUCCGUAAUGAUGGCUGCAAAGUCAUUAAUAACGCUCUACCGGGAACAAUUGCCAGCAUUGCUGCACAAAAAAGACAGAGGACGUUUAACGGAAGCUCAGGCUGAAUUAAAACCACGGGCUUAUGGUGAAAUCCAAGUACACGACACGGUACCGGGAGCCGAGGCGUUGCUAAAAAAUUCGAAAAUCAUUAACAUCGACAGUGAUGACGGUAGUGAUUUUGACAACAAUCAAGGGGAAUGGGUGGACGUAUCGCACAGCGAAAAUGAAGCUGACAGCGAGGCACAAAGUAGUGACAACGAAGAGGAGAGUGAAUUGGAAAUUGAAAAUGACAAUAAUAGUACCGAAGACUCUGACGAAGAUUGUAUUGAAGAGGAAUCCGUAAAAGUAUCACCUGCGAUUCCAUCCGAUGUUAAAAAGCUUAAUGAAAAAGAGUCUGCCAAGGAAUUGGCGUCAACUCGUAUAUUUACUGAUGAAGAUUUCAAACGCAUUAACGCAGUCAAUCUUAAAAAGACAGUCACCAAUGCGCGCAAACGGCCGUUGGAAAAAGAAAAUUCAGAAUUAGUAAAGCUCGAUAACAUCGAGAUGAUUUAUAAGAAACGUAAGCAUGAUAAGGAAUCACGUUUGGAAACGGUUGAAGAUGGGCGCUCAGAUCGCGAAAAAUAUGGUUGGAAAGAUGGCCGCAAAAAUCCCGAUUGUUCCAAAACCAAUCGCGAGAAACGCAAACGAAAAAAUUUCGUUAUGAUGCGGCACAAGGCCCGAUCUAAGGGCAAAAAAAGCUUUCGUGAAAAACAACAAGCCUUAAGAAGGCAUUUGUUGCAUCAAAAGAAAAUGAAAUAAGUACAUACGCAACUAAUAAAAGUUCAUUGUUACAUAUUUUUUUAUAUACUGUUUACGUGUACGGCUUUAUUCUACAUAAAAUAAAAUGC